AUCGCUUUCUUCUUUUUCUCUUCAGACGAACGACCCUAAUUCCUCUAAAUUUAUCUCUCCGCAAACCCUAACCCUACCGUCUCACUGCCAUGGCGAAGAAACGAAAGCUUCGAUCCUCCGACCCCGAGCCCACCAAACCCAUCGAACCACAGCAACAAGAGGACCAAGAGGCAGUGGAACUCGACGAUCAACCUAACCCUCAACAACUACAAGAAGACCAGGACAACAACAACAUGGCCGUCGACGAAGACCACGCUCCGCUGCAGGAACAACAACAACCACAACCACAACCACAACCACAAAUCGAAGAGCCCAACGCCGAAGAAGAAGAAGAAGAAGCACACGAAGAAGAAGAUCAGGAGCCAGAACACGAAACCCUAGAAGAUCAACAAGAGCAGGAACAGCAAGACGCGGAAGGUCCCAACCACGAAGCGAACGGUGCCGAAGAAGGAAACAACAACAACGAAGAAGAAGACCUUAGUCUCGAAGACGAGCCCGUUGAGAAGCUUCUGGAACCCUUCACGAAGGAGCAAUUGCACUCUCUCGUCAAGCAAGCCGCUGAGAAGUAUCCAGAUUUCGUUGACAAUGUUCGCCAGUUGGCUGAUGUGGACCCCGCUCACCGGAAAAUCUUCGUCCACGGUCUCGGAUGGGAUGCCACCGCCGAAACCCUAACUGCGGUAUUCGGAAAAUACGGCGAAAUUGAAGAUUGCAAGGCGGUUACCGACAAGGUCUCGGGGAAAUCCAAGGGCUAUGCCUUCAUUUUGUUCAAGCACAGGGAGGGUGCUCGCAAGGCGCUUAAGAAUCCUCAGAAGAAGAUUGGAAAUCGUACGACUUCCUGUCAAUUGGCCUCCGCUGGACCCGUUCCAGCGCCGCCACCCAAUGCUCCGGUGGUUUCUGAGUACACUCAGAGGAAGAUAUUUGUGAGCAAUGUGAGUGCGGAGAUUGAUCCACAGAAAUUGCUCGAUUUCUUUAAGCAGUUUGGAGAGGUGGAGGAUGGUCCGCUGGGUCUUGAUAAGCAGACUGGGAAGCCUAAGGGUUUUGCGCUGUUUGUGUAUAAAUCUGUGGAGAGUGCUAAGAAGGCUUUGGAAGAGCCACACAAGAAUUUUGAGGGACACACGUUGUAUUGUCAGAAAGCUGUUGAUGGGCCUAAGGGAAAUAAGGGGUAUCAUCAGUAUCAUCAACAACAGCAUCAGCACCAUUCUCAUCAUCAUCAUCAGCCUCAUUAUCACUCAAGGAAGGAUAAAAACAAGUAUUCCUCUGGUGGUGGACCAUCGCAUGGAGGUGGUCACCUUAUGGCGCCCUCCGCCCCUGCUGUUGGGGGUUUCAACCCCGGUGUUCCGGCGCAGGGGUUGAAUCCAGCUCUUGGACAGGCAUUAACUGCAUUGCUUACAAAUCAAGGAGCUGGGUUGGGGCUUGGGAACCUGCUUGGAGGUCUUGGCGGUGCACCGGUUAACCAGGCUGGGCCACCUGCUCCGUAUGGGAAUCAGCCUGCUAUGGGCUAUGGGAAUCAACCAGGGAUGCAACCGGGGUACCAGAAUCCUCAAAUGGGGCAGAGCAGUGGUGUCAGACCUCACCCCGGUGCUGGUGCUCCUUACAUGGGUCAUUAGAUACCCUCAUAGAUGCAUCAAUCUUUUUGUUUUGGACUCAGCUGAUUCUUCUGAAGUACCAGGCACUAUUCAAAUGCAUCUUUUUAAUUUGUAAUUUUAGUUACUAUUUUAUUACUAAAGAACCAGAUUCUGAAACCUGUAUUUUUCUCUUCAUCUUAGUAGAAUUUCCCCCUGACAUGUUUUAAAAAUCUUGUUGUACCUCAUAUUCCUUUAUGGAAUUUUGAGGAUUGAAUGAAUUUUGGGGCAGAGAAAACUUUGUUACAAUAAUUUUUAAGUGUGUUGCGGACUUCUUUUUUUCCCUGAACUUCCUAUUCUGUUUCAUUAUUGUUGUCUAGCUUCGUAAAGCAUGACGGGCUCAUCUGUAAGUUAUUUGUUUUAUUUGUGUCUGGCAUUCAGCCAUGAUUUGUGAGGACUAUUAACCAUCUUUUUCAGAAGUAUACUGUUAUCCAAAAAUGGCAAUAUCCCAUGGGAAUUUGGGGGCACUGCAGUAGUCAUUUUUUAUGCUCAUGGGUUUUGAUUAUUAUUGAGAUUACUUACAUAUGAGUUCCUGUGAAAUUUGAAUGCCACUUAUUACUUCGGAUCCUUUUACCAAAGACCAAUUCUCUUUUCAUUGAUUUUUUUUUUUGGGGGGGUGGGGAUUGAAAAUGAAUAUAAUAUGAUAUAGUGGACCAACAUUAAACAAGGUUUUUCUUAAGGCUUGUCUUUCUACCAUUCUACCAACACUUUUUCUUCAUCUAUCUAAUUUUUCUAUAGUCAAAUGUCUUGUUCCUGAAAACCAAUAUUCUUUCCCAUCCUCGAUAUGGGAAUGAAUAGUUGUUGAAAUGAAUCUAUAUCCUCCAGACUCCCAUCAUCUUUUUACUCCCCUCUCAAAAUGACCCCUCAGUUCUUUGGGUGUACAUUAGCAUGUUUUCCUACUUUCUACUUGUAAUUUCUUGUUUUCUUGUUAUUAGGGGAGAAAUUUUCAGUAUAACUUUGUUUGGCAACUGAUCUAGACAUGCCACACCACAUUUUUUUUGCUUGAGGGGCUGGAUUGCCAGACACAUAGGUCCUUGCCACUAAACAAAUGCUAGAAUCUAUUCAUAACAUUGUCAUCUGCAUUCAUUGAUGGAGCUUGGAUCAUUCCAUUCACUUCGAAGGCAAGAAAUGGUCACACUUGGUGGGUGGGUUGCUCUCACUAUAUUCAAGUGUACCCUGGUCUGGAGUGAAUGUCAGAGAGAGAAGAUCAGAUGGGUGCGGUGGUGUUAUCAUCUCUGCAGUUCUCCAUGGGUAUGUCUUUUCUUAUGCCUAUAGAUUGUCUGGGAAAGUUAAGUUUGGAACCUUUUGACUAACAGAAGCUUUAAAUUGAUUUCUGAAGAUAUUCUUCUAGUAUUACCAAGUUGGGCUUCUGGAUUUCGCAUAGGAUUUCAAACAAUGUUUUUUUGACGUAUCAAUCAUCUUGGAGAAGACCCAACUUGAUGUUGCUUUGUCUUUAAUGAAAGCUAAUAUCUGGUAGAGCUGCGAAAAUAAUUUUCUAAAAAAACUUAACUCCAAAACAAGUUGCUUUGCUAAAAUGUAUACAAAACUUAUCGUACUUGUUUUUUUUUUUUUAAUUCAAAGUUGGAGCGUAUAUGAAAGCAAUACCGGACUGGAUUAAGUUUUGAUAUUACCUUAUUUUAUUUGCGUGAGACUAAAUUCAUAAUUUCUCACAAGGACAAUAUUUUUGGAUGCUGCUUAACGUUCUCGGUGUUAUAAUGAAGAGGAUAUUUGUGAUAUGGAUCACACAGCUUGAGAAUGCAGUAGGCACACGCUUGAACUGCACGUGGAUCUCAAUCUCAAAGGUAUUAUUGGCUUAUGCAGACGUGGUACUGAAGAAGGCUUACUGAUAAGGAGAAAUAUUAAUUUGUGUUACACUUUGUUAGAGCUGCAGUUAUUUGGGGAGGUUGAUCUUAUACAUGAUUUUGAAGUUUUUAGGUUUCUUCUAACACUUCUGACCUGCUAAAUGAAAGAUUUGUCGAGGGUGCUAUACAACUCUUCAUAUUAAAUUAGUCAAAGCCUAUAGUCAUUCUCUUUACACAUGGAGAUAGAUGGCUUUAAGAUAGUUGCUCAAAUUCUUGGCUGAGCCUCAUUAUUCCACGUUCCGAAGUUGUUUAUAUUGUUGAACAACUAGCCCUUUAUAUUUUUUUUCUUUUGGUGUGGUUUACCAAGAACAAUUAGCCCUUUAUAUAGGUAUUGAAUGUAGUAACGGGGUUCUUAUUUCUAUGGCGCCGUAUAAAAUAAUUUUCG